CUGAAGGAGGUGCUUGAUGCUGUUCUCUUCUACUUUUGGAUCAGAGACGCUUGGCCUAAUUGGACAUCGUCAUUCUGGGUUUGAGAGUGUCACGAGCAGUGAUUGGCCGUUCUGGAUGUUGGAGAUUCACUGGCGGAUGAUGUAUUUUUAUAAGUGUAGGAAGAACACACUAUUUUCAGAGGCAUUGAUGGAAGAACAGCGUGAUCUAAACAGCCCGGACAGCAGCGAGGGAGAAAGCGGUUCCCCUCUGCAGGCCGGUCCACAGAACAACACAACAACAAACUUCUUCAUUGACAACAUUUUACGGCCGGAUUUCGGAUGCAAGAAGGAAUUCAGUCUGAGUCCGAAGGUCCAGAGGUCUGGUCGGGAGCGGCUUCACCCGGUUCUUGGUAGACCGUUUUCCAGGACACCGGGCCUGGACUCCAGCUGCAGCAGCGACAGCACCGUUUCUGCCGUCAGUAGCACAAAGUGCAGCAGCGAGAAAGUGACAGCCACCGCGGACUCUGACGAGACCAGCGAAGGAUUCAAAUACGAGGAGAAGGACGAGGAACACUCUGCCUCCUCACUGGUGGUGAUGAACGGGACCGGGACCGGGACCGUGACCGGGACCGGGACCCCCACACCGGAGGGCCAGGCCCUGCUCUGGCCCGCUUGGGUCUACUGUACCCGGUACUCGGACAGGCCUUCUUCUGGCCCAAGGACGCGGAAAUUGAAAAAAUGUAAAAGAUGCAAAGAAGACAAGCGGCCGCGCACGGCUUUCACAGCAGAGCAGCUCCAGAGGCUGAAGACCGAGUUCCAGGUGAGCCGCUACAUCACGGAGCAGCGGCGGCUGUCUUUGGCCCGGGAGCUGAACCUCAACGAGUCUCAGAUCAAAAUCUGGUUUCAGAACAAAAGGGCCAAGAUAAAAAAAGCCAGUGGCUUUAAGAACGGGUUGGCGCUGCAGCUGAUGGCCCAAGGACUCUACAACCAUUCAACCACAACCACACAGCAGGACAAAGAGGACAGCGACUGAGAGCUGAGCUGGACCCGAACACCGCGUCCCGGGUCGGUGGGAGGGGAGGGUCCAAGUGUUGGCUGCAGAGUGAAACCAGCGGCUCCUCCUCUUCACCGACUUGUCUGAACUGUCACCGAUAGAGGAAACAAAAGAUACCAAAGAUUUUCAACGGAAAGCUGAACGAUAGUUUUCAUCAAGGUUGUAUAUUCAACUUCAGGUUCUGCCCAAACCAGGACAAUAAUACGACCACUGCUGCUAGUACUGCUGCUAGUACUGCUGCUAGUACUGCUGCUAGUACUGCUGCUCUUCGCCACACACUUGGGAUUGUUGGUAAAUGAAAAAACGUAAAUUCUGAUUAGCCCAACAAAUUUCUUCCAAGUCUAAAUGCAACGAUGGACUGCUGAAUGAAUAAGCUAAAAGAACGUGAUUAGUCCUGAGAUGUGUUGCUACGAGACAUUUCAGUUUUUGUUGACCAGCAAGAGUCUCGAUAAAAACGUUGAAGUGGAGGUUCGGAUCAGUGGAACUGGUACUGAUAGAGAAGAGAGACAGGAGGCAGAGGGAAC